AUGCUUUCGCGCUCGACGCUGUCGCGCGGUGUACGCGGCUUUGCGUCCAGCUCGUCGGCGCUCGAUGCGUCGGCGAAGCUCAACAAGCCUGCGCGCUUUGCCACGCCCAUCGCAGCGUCCGAUAUUCCCAAGGGCUUUGUGGUCUCGUCGACCUACGCGGGCAUCAAGGCGGCCAUCUCGCCCAAGCCCGCGGACGGUGCUGCGGCGGCGGCGUCGAAUCCGAACCCCAAGCCCGAUUUGGCGCUCAUCGUGUCCACGGUGCCCGCGGCGGCGGCGGGGACGUUUACGCGCAACGUAUUCAAGGCCGCGCCCGUGGUGGUGUCGAACGAGGUGCUGGUCGAGGGCGCCAAGGCUGCGUCGGGCGCGCGCGUGCAGUCGGUGCUGGUCAACUCCGGGUGUGCCAACGCGGUGACGGGCACACAGGGCAUGCAGGAUGCACUGGCGUGCGUUGAGCUGGUCAAGAAGAAUCUCGCGCCGCACCCGGGGCUUGCACAGUCGGCAGAGGGCAGGGAGACGUUGCUGCUGUCGACGGGCGUGAUUGGUGUACCGCUUCCCAUGCCGACGAUCAAGCGGUGCAUUCCGCACCUUGCGAAUGGCAUGAUCCUGCGCAGCGAUCCCGAGUCGUGGCGCGAGACGGCGCGCGCAUUCAUGACCACCGACACCUUCCCCAAGCUGCGCGCCAAGACGUUCAAGCUCGGCGAUACCGAGUGCCGCAUGAUUGGCAUCGAUAAGGGUGCCGGCAUGAUCCACCCUGCCAUGACGGCGCCCGGUGGCGGUCAGUUGCACGCCACUAUGCUGGGUCUGAUUGCGACGGAUGCAGCCAUCGCGCCAGCAGCGCUGCAGACUGCGCUCAACCGCGCCGUUGCGCGAUCGUUCAACUGCAUCUCGGUCGACGGCGACAUGUCGACCAACGACACGAUCCUCCUGCUCGCCAACGGUCAAGCUACCGCGCGACGCACUGCCGAGCUCGAUGAAUCCAGCGCGCACUUUGACGCCUUUGUCGCCGAACUCACCGCGUUCUGCCAGGAGCUCUCGCAGCUGAUCGUGCGCGACGGCGAAGGUGCCGAAAAGUUUGUCGAGAUCAGCUGCACGAAUGCUCCGAGCUUUGAUGUUGCGCACGGCCUGCUCUCGCGACUCGUCACGUCGAUGCUCUUCAAGUGCGCCAUCCACGGCGAAGACGCCAACUGGGGCCGCAUCCUCGCGUCGGUGGGUGGAGCCGACCCCACGCUGACGGCGCACAUUGAUCCGACCAAGGUGUCGGUGAGCUUUGUCGACCCUGUUGGCCAAUUGCCUGCCAUCACGGUGCUCAGCAACGGCAAUCCAGCCAAGGUGGACGAGGCCGAGAUCAACAAGCUGCUCCAAAAGGAAGACGUCAAGAUCGUCAUUGACCUCCAGAACGGCGCCGAGCAGUGCACGUACUGGACAUGCGACCUGAGCCGCGAAUACAUCGACAUCAACGCCGACUACCGCUCGUAG